AUGGGUGCUCCAGAUCCUCGCAGCGUGCAUAACAGUGGUGCAGUUACACCUCCCAUCACACCCGGUAGUGUGUCGCAUUCCAAGUCCAAUUCCACAUCAUCCGACUUUCUGAGCUCUUUGUCAACCUUACGGCGUGGAAGUUCUAUAUCGUCACUAAACCGGCCUCGACUGUCACUGGACGCGUCACCACAACCUGGCAGCACUGAACUCACCACCUUCCCGUAUCACUUAACGGACUAUGAAUUCAAGACAGACGACCGUGGGCGGAAGAAGACCAUCGGCGAAGGAGCAUGGAGUGAUGUAUUCCUGGCAAAGCCAUGUCCUCCCAAGACAAAUGAACAGUCACUAUCACAGCCUCCCUGUGGACCAGAAAUGACACCCCCACUCACUCCCGUGCGAACCGUAGACUCGGCCAUAGAUCUCACCAGGCUCCCCAUAACGCCACCCAUGUACGCAGUCAAGGUACCAGCCAUGAACAGCGCCAAGAAAGUGCUCAGCGCAGAAGCAAGAAUUCUAUCUUACCUUUCUAGCUUUCCCGAUGCAGAAAACCACAUCGUGCCUUUCUACGGCUUGGAUAUGCGCACCGGCUCCCUGCUUCUUCGCGCCAUGGACGAUACGCUAGAAGGCUGGAUCCAGAAGAUGCUCAAUACACUCGACGAGGACUCGCGUGCAAGGAAGCUCGCUACAGUCUUCCCUCAUAUCGCCCUCACCCUUCUCAAAAGUCUGCAAUGGAUGCAAGGGAAGUUCUGCACACACGCGGACAUCAAACCCUCCAAUAUCCUCAUCUCGUCUCCCUCCGCCAGCAUAUCAAAUCCGGUCUACGCAGACUUCUCCUCUACAAUUCUCAACCACCCUGAUGCCACUAUCGAAUCUUGUGCAUCACCCUUGGGCGCGGGAACAUGGGAUUACCUCGACCCCUCACUCCUCAGUUCCUCAUCUACUACCCCACCUUCUACGACAUCGGAUCUCUGGUCCUUGGCUAUCACCCUACUCUUCCUUAUCUUGGGUUCUUCUCCGUAUGAUGUUUUCAAAACCAACAAGUAUCAACAACGGGAGAUGAUCAAGUCAGGAUGUCCACUGCAGUGUAUGAGGCAUGACGACCAGGGAAUCAAGAAUAUGAAGAGGGUGCAGAGUUUGUCUAGAGACCUGGGUUUUGAUUUGUUAGCGUGGUUUGGAAAGGUGCUCGUGAAGGAUGGAAGCAAGAGAGUUGAUUUGAAAGAGUGGACGCAGGAGCUAGAGGGUGCUGUCAAGGCGAAGCUGUGA